AUAACAAAAGUGAGCGGCUUGGCCGUGGUCAGGCCAUCCCAUGUGCAAACACUCUCUCAACUACCUUGGGAGCCAGGUUCGUCCUGGUUCUCUCCAGCUUGGCAGCGCUGCAUAAAUGGUUACGCACGCGGCCGCUCGGGUUUCGUGAGACAUCCGAGUCGCAUGACCCGACUCUCUGGAUGGGUUUUGCUCGGCGGUCUUCUUCCGUUGUGCUACCGGAAGGAGAUCCGAGAGAUGAGCCGCGCAUGGGAGAGACAAGCACGCCAAGCUCCGGCAGCCGGGAAGACCAAACAAGUGUGUGAUGCUCGCAUAACUUUGUUGCUCUCGCCUCCCUUUAAUUCCAGAUCGUGAUCUGGCGGAGUGCUUAAGGGCUAGACUCCGUGAGGAGCCUCCGCAGCGACCAUGGCGCAAGUCCUCAACCUCAACAACGAGGUUGUGAAGAUGAGAAAAGAAGUGAAGAAAGUCAGAGUUCUAACAGUCCGCAGACUCACCAGACACAUUGCAAAACUGAAGGCAAAAAAGGGCACUGAAGAGGCAGUAUUGAAAAACCAUAAACGUGCACAGAGGUUACUGGAAGAAAUCCAUGCCAUGAAGGAGAUAAAAUUGGAUCAAGUUACCAAAUUAGCGCUUGGGAGAGAAAUCAAUUUUGAGCUUGUCUGCAAAAAGCCCAAUGCUACAGCACUGGACAGAGCAAUUGCUAGACUGACAACUCACCCACUAUUGAAAACAAAAAUUGCCAGUAUUAAAGCUGCUGUAAAAGCCUUUAAAGAUGCAAGACGGAAGCCAGCUAGAAUGACUACUUCAGAAGAGCUUAAAUCGGAAGAACAGCUUACUGAGCAGCCUGAGGUGACCCAGUGUUCCAGUAGCAGUGCCUAUAACAAAACAUUUAAACAAGCUGAAUACCAAGACCAAAUUGAAGUGAAAGAGAAACCAGACACUGACAUGAGAGAGAAGCAAAGCUCUGUGAAACAGAAGCAGAAAAUGACAGACAGUGAGAAAAAAUGUCCCUCAGAUGAUUUUACAGUACAGGCUGCAGAGCAUCAGACACUAGUUCACCAGGAUCCAACAGAAAAAACAGUAUGUCCAGAAGGAAAGGAAAGUUUGGCUGAGAUCCCGAGUAGGGUAGCAGAUGAAUCCGAUAGUGAUACAUGCAAGAGUGAGGAUACUGGAUUGGAAAAGGAGUACUUUGAUGACAGUACUGAAGAGAGGUUCUACAAUCAGUCUUCUGACACUGAUGAAAGUGAUGGUAACGAUGAUUUCUUCAUUGGCAAAGUAAAGAUGGUAAAAAAGAAGAGAGCUGCUGAUACUUCUGUAUCUACAGGACAGAAGGCCAAAAACACGCUGCUUAAAAAUUCAGCGGGCUCAGAAUCCGAUACCAUGCAGGACAAACAAGGCAGCUAUCAAAGCACAAAAGUAAUGAAGCUGGAGUCUGUAUUUUACAGUUCAUUGUCCAACCCUAAGCAGAAAUCGAAAAAGGUUAAAAGAACUGUUGGAGACCACCUUCCUAAAAGCAAAAGAGGCAACUUAGCUUUUGGAAAAAGUCACCCACCGAAAGCGUUGCACAAAGGAGCAGGAAUAAAACAGGGUCUUAAGAGAGAACAGUUGGAACAACCCCUUCAUCCUUCCUGGGAAGCGAGUAGGAAACGUCGAGAACAAAUAUCUCAAAUUACAGCAUUCCAAGGGAAGAAAAUUAAAUUUGAAGACUAAUUUCUUUGUACAUACAUCUCUCUUUUUAAAUACAGAACUUUUUUCCCCAAACUCACCUAUUUUUGAUAUAUUGUGUCCUAAAUUAUGGUUGCAGCAGUAUGUCCUGAAAAACAAGUUGAUUUGUAAUGGAGGAUUAUCAUGCAGAGCUGUGUAAACUAAAAACAUAGAGGUUGGGGGGCGGCUCGGUAGUGGGCAAAAUAGUGUUCAUUCAGUUUUAUUUUUUUAAUUGUAUAUAGUAUUAAUCUUGAAGUAACCUGUUAUGAGGCUCUUUGCAAAGAACUAGUCAUCUUGGCAUUGGCUAUUGUUAAGAAUAUUUCAUCUCUUCAAGCAGCCAUAUUUUAAAAUAAUGCAGACUUGUGUGAAAGAUUGUGAUCUUGUACUUGUGGUGCCAACAGAUGUGAAUAUCUUACUGAUAAUUGUAUGUGAGUGCCUUUGUGUAGAAAGCCCUGCAAUUGUAGCAGCAACUUCUGUGUUUUCUUUGCGGGGUGUUGGGAGGAAAUUAUUAUACUCAGUUAAUGCAGUUAUAACUUACUGUAGUUCAAAAACAAUUUUUUUCAACUUCAAGAAAGUUUCUCAAUAAUUGGAUAAAUUAUUACUUAUUUAGGUUGUUCAUCUUUCUUUGUUGACCACACAGUUCUUGGUUUAAAAUGUGGCUUCUUUUCCAUUUCUGAAACAAUCGUGUGAAUAGAAAUCUUGUGAAAGUUCAUCAGACCUGAUAAACUUGUGGACUAGAAUGUGAAUAACUGUAGUUUACUGUCUGAAAUCCUUACAGUACUGGAAAAAAGGGAAUGCUCUAAAAGGGUAUACAUACAUCUGAUGGAGAAUUAUGGCGGGAAACACAACUGAAAUGCCAUCUUCCUAAGUAAAAUGAAAUGAAAAUGAGCAUAUAUAAAUAAAUGCACUCGCUAUUUCAACAUG